AUGAUAGCCAGUCUACGUAGCAUCAUCUACUUUAUAACUGUAUAUUUAUAUGUAAAUAUUAACACUAAAGAGUUCGUUGAUGUGACUAUUGGUGGAGAGACUAUCAUCUUUAACACAAAAGAACAUUCAGUCGACUCGUACAACCUCAUUAAUUAUUACGUGUGUGAAGAGGGUGACACUAUAGACUUACAUUGCAAAAAAAAUUACGAUGAGGGUCACAUAAGAUUACGAUUUUAUGAUAGAUUUGGUACUGAAGUCAUUGACAUUGCCACGCAAGAUAGAAGACAUAAAGACAUCAAUUUAAAUGUUCGGAUGGUGAUGAAUGAUAAACAAUUUAACCAAUCAUAUGCUGAUUGCACUUUCUUUUCACCAAUUAAUCGUGGACAACAAGAUUUUACGUAUAGAACUGUAUUUAAAAUGUUUCCAAGAGGCAAUAAUGGUUUUAUUGUAACAGUAAAUGACAAGAAAUUAACGACGAAAAUUCACAGCAUGGAUGGAGCUGACAUAUACACAUACAAAUAUACAAGUUACGAGCACUUAUUAAAUGUUACGUGUGCGAAGAAAACUCAAUUGUUUCCGGGUAAUAUAUAUGGCAGUAUAAUAAAUAGGAAGAAUGAGGAUAUUGUCAUCGAAGAUGUCAUACAGACGUCCGGAUAUACGAGUACAGCGUUGAUUGAAACCAGAAAUCUCGAUGGCAAGAUUUUUCAAUGUUAUUCUGAAUUUGAGACGUACAAGCUACUGGCUAACAUAAAAUUCUUAUUAGAAACUAAUCGUGAUCCAAUAGUACUAGGUUUGACUGAUGAAAACAUAUUAUACGAAUACAAUACAGGUAAUAUAGACUGGAAAAUACAUUAUCAGUAUACAGUCGACGAGGUACUGAACCUCACUUGUGUUACCGGGGACGAUAAAUUUCUUAAAUGGGUGUAUCCAGAAAACAUUACGUCAGAAAUUCAUACACAUUCAGUUUACAAAACUAAUUAUAUAAAUGACGUCUUUCAAAUCAAUACGGAGUUAAAUAAUAAUAUCACUUGUGAAUCCAUAAAGUUGAAUCAGAAGCGAAAGGUUGUCAUUGUGCUUCAUCAGGUGCCAGAUUUAACGGCACAAGAAAAAUAUUUUAAUACUAAUGGUAGCAAUGAUAUUCAUCUACAUGAUAAUGAAAAACAGUUUACGGUACUUGAGAUCAAUGGUAUUUUUGCUGCUAUCUCGAUGGCUGUAGUUGCUGGUCUAGUCUUUGUGUGUUACUGGCGGGGAUGGAGAAAGAAAUUCGACACCAGGGAGGAGGGAUUGCGCAGAAUUACUGAUACAGUUUCUAAAUCACUCACAAAUCAGGAGCAAAACAAUGAAUAUACCUACAUUGAAAACGUGAAUAACGAUACUAAUAAUCAGGACGAUGCUACGACAAUAAACUCUAUACUAAAAAUGGAAAGAGUCAUGGUUGGAGCACCAUAA